AUGGCGGGUGGGAAGAUUAAUGGAAUGGAAAAACUUGUUGUUGGUCCAUUGUGUAGUGGAAAGAAGUGUGAAAAUGAGGAGGUUUUAGUAAUGGAAGGAUUUGCUGGGAAAAUUGAUGGAAUGGAAAUAGGGGAGUUUGGAUUUGUUCCAUUCCAUAUACAACUGAAACUGCCUGAUGACUCUGACAUGGCUGAUGGAAAAAAUGAGUACUCUACUAGUAUCUUUUUGGCGGCUAACUAUUUGAAUAUUAAGGGGUUGUUGGAUUUAACCUGCAAGACUGUUGCAGACAUGAUGAAGGGAAAGACUCCACAAGAGAUUCGCGACACAUUUCACAUCAAGAAUGAUUACACUCCAGAGGAAGAAGAGGAAGUUCGGAGGGAGAACCAGUGGGCAUUUGAGUGA